AUGGGCAGUCACAGGAACAUGUCUUCUUCACAGAUGACGAGAGCGUAUCCAAAGUUCUCAGAGCUACCUCUUGAUCCAUCUCAUCCUCCACACUCGGCUUGGGGCCUUUGGGGCAAGGACGAUGAGCUCGGGAGUCUCAACCAUCUUACACCUGAGCGUGUCGUCGCAGCCGCAAAAGAAGUGAAGACUGGUGUGCGCUUCGGCCUCAACUGGGCGUUAGAACAGAUGGAAUAUACUGGUGGCUUCCGUGAAACUAUCAAGCAUGAGAUAUUCCAGCUAGCAGAGAAUAUGAAUGAUGACCGUAUAACAUUCAACACACAAACAAGCACUCAGUGGGACGGCUUACGGCAUUGGGGAUUCGAUGAUGGCCGCUUUUAUAACGGCUUCACACAAAGAGAGAUCAUCGAGAAUAAAACCUCACGGCUGGGUAUACAAGCCUGGGCCAAGCAUGGUCUAGUAGGGCGUGGAGUCCUCAUAGAUUUCGUCUCUUAUGCGGCGAAAAACAACAUACACUACGAUCCUCUAGACUUCCAUGCUGUACCUUUGAAGACUGCGAAACAAAUCGCCAAAGAAUCCAACUUUGAUUUCCAUGCCGGGGACAUCGUCCUGUUGCGAACAGGCUUUACUACCGCCUUCGAAAAGGCAAGUCUUGAAGCCAAGAAAAAGAUCAUGGCCAAAAGACCCUUCAAAUAUCCAGGAAUGGAAAGUAAUUUCGAAGUACUCGGCUGGCUGUGGGAUACACAAAUAGCUGCUGUUGCAGGAGACUGUCCUGGUUUCGAAGCCUGGCCUCCAUCCGAGCAUGCCUUACACCAGAUCUUGCUCGCUGGGUUUGGAAUGCCUAUCGGUGAAAUGUUUGCGCUCGAUGAACUUGCGAAAGAAUGUGAGAAGCAGAAGCGCUGGACUUUUAUGCUCACGAGCGAGCCGUUGAAUGUCAAAGGAGGUGUCGCAAGCCCUCCGAAUGCACUCGCUAUCAUGUGA